AUGGAAUACGGUGCUCUUGUGUUUAUUAUAUUUAUAGGUAAUUCAAUUGGAAAGGUACCAUGGAUCGGAAUACUAAAAGUGAAUUUGGGCAAAGUAGACGCGGGGACUGGUAUUGUUUUGAUAAAGGAAAACGUCGCCAUUGCAGUCUCCAAUGAAGUUUCAAAGCUAAGUGAUGAUUUAAGACUGUCAGCUAGGAUAUAUUUUUAUAAUCACGGAUUGUCCACAUGUUACAUAAUAGAUAUGAAGACGCAUCCAGAGUAUUACAAAAACGUUCUUAACACAAUCACAUUAAUAUUUGUUAAGUGUUUAAGCAAAUUAUGGACCUAUAUACGUUGGCCGCAAGAAAAUAUGGUAUAUGACAGAAACCUCUUUGCAAUUGGAUUAAUUGAUAAUAAAGCUGGGUUUAGUCAAAUUAGUUAUAAUGUUGACAGAGUCAAUAAAAAUAAUUGCGAACAAUUUUAUUUAAACGAAGAGUUAGAUUACCACUCACUAUGGCCAAGAAAUAUAAUAUGUGUGAAAGCCGCUAUGAAAAAACAGUGCGUUUUUGAAGCGGGGAUGCCUCUUGUUCACAAGAAUGGACCUAUUUGGACUCUGGUUGGGAUAAGCACCCUUGGUCCUGGUUGUUCUUUACCAUCCCGAUUUAUCCUGCUCUCCCCGUAUGUUCCCUGGAUAGAGAGAAACUUAUUUACAUUCACAAGUCGGCGUAACAAAGAGCUAAACAAAAACGUAACAGUUACUGAAGACCGGUUUUUAAGUGAAACAAUUGACAAAGAAGACGACUUUGUUAUAUCAAAGUUCAGUGAUUCUAGCAUGGUUAUGAGAACAAAUUUAUCCAAUGUGGUAGACAAACAUGGAGAAUGUACUAAUAUUGACGGUGAGAUCAUGUACAGGGAUGAGGGACGAGUUGAAGCCAGUGGAUACACUGCAACUGGGACCUAUGCACUUUCCCUGUACGACACAUAUUACAAUAAAAUCACGUGUGUAAUGAUCCGUGUCUCCUGCAGCAAACGUACGCCAAGCAAACUGUGGUACGACACCGGUUUUCACCAGGAACACAUAGACCAGCUCUUAAAAACGGUCCCCAUAUUCAAAUGGAACCAAACCGUACCCCCAAAAAUCGUUUAUAAAAUAGACUCGUACGCAAAACACGAGAAAUACAGCACAGUGAACGUAAUUUUCAAGUUUGAGUUUACAAAUAAAGCGAGGAUUUUCGUUGAUUUUUACGCUAGAAGAUCCACUACAACAAUGAUACCUAUACCAGAUUAUAUGGAUUAA